AUGGUCAUUCCCAAUAUUGUCGUGAAAGUCCGAAGACCAACGGAUGAAUUUAACGGGUCCGAUAGUGACUUUGAAGUUGUCUCUGAUUCGGGAAAUGAUGAUUCUGUCCUCGAAAAUGCCGGUUAUCAGCGUUUAAACGACGAGUUAGUAGAUGCUGUUGUAUUGCAUGCGACUCCCGAAGAACCUGAAAUUAAAGCAGAAUCAAAAGAAGACGAAAAAAUUGUCGUAAAUUUGUCACAAAAGCAAAUAACGGGCGAACGAGCCCCAAUUUCUCGUGAAAAUCGUGACAAAAAAUGUGCAAGUCUCGUAAUGCUGCAAAAAGAAAUGCAAUUAAUGGAUGUCGCUGUGCCUUCAAGUGAUGAAAAUACGGAAAAUUUCCUCACGAGAAGUGUUUCGAGCAAUUUCGCGGAUCGAAUUAACAACGUAUUGGCACGUCGAAAUGCUUUUGGAGAAGAAAUGAUACGCGAAUCGAUAUCAAAUUCGAGUUUAAAUCAAGAACCGCCGUUAAUUGAAAUGAUUUCGCAAGCAGGAAGGAAGCUAAGUGACAGUGCCGUGACAGAUUUCACGAGAUUGGGAUUGGAAAAUGUGCCGGAUGUGCUGCGGAAGAACUCAAUGCCCGCAAUUUUGCCGUCUGCGUCGUCGCCAACGAAGGAAAACGUGGAUUUGGUUGUUCCGGAAAAGGCUAAGACCACGAGAUGGUCUUUUUAUAAGGAAGUGAGCAGCAAUUGUGCGGUUGAUAGGAUUCGAGAUGAGAAUAUUCCUUCAACACCGCCUCCAAAUAAGAGUCCAGUAGCCGUAAAACGAAACGUUGAACGCCAACACAGUGAAACAGUGAACGAUUUUAUCCCCGAUAAGCUAAAAUGUUACCUUUGCAAGUCCGUUUUCAAAGAUCCUCGUGUCCUGGAUUGCCUUCACAACUUUUGCUACGAGUGUUUGAACCAAAUUGACAUGAAUCGUAAUGCAGCUGUCUUUUGGGCGAAUCGUCAUAACAGCAAUGGAAGCGAAUAUGAAUACAGUUACUCUGAAAGAAACGGUUCUGUGACCUCCGGAGACGAAUUAAGCUUAAAUCGCUCACCGCAAGGCUCUCGUAACAAAAGAUUAUCAAAACCGCGAUCGAAAAGCAUUGCUGCGACAAAUCGUCGGAAGUCUUCCCUCGUGUCAUUUAACGACAAACCAAAGUCCAUCGUUUGCCCGAUUUGUGGAACAUCAACUGAAAUACCCGUUGGUGGCUUGUGUCGCCUUCCAAAGAACUUUUUGAUGGAGCGACAAGUCGACGAAGCGAUUACCAAAACUGGAAUCCAGCAAGUUGCUCGAAUUUGGUGCAAUUUGUGUUCAACUGACGUCAUUGCAAAUGCUUUUUGCAUGACUUGCGGUUAUAAUUUGUGCAAUUUUUGCAAGGAAGCCCACAAAAGACAACGCACCACGUGCAAUCACGAGAUAAAAAUGUUCGUUGAACCAAAAAGGGCUUCGAAGAAGGCGUCGGAAUCCGUUUCUCGUGCAUCCCUCAGUUGUCCGAUCCAUUCAAAUAACGAAAUUAAAAUUUUCUGCACGAAUUGUCAUCAAGUCCUGUGUAACGAUUGCACGAUUUUGCUCCAUCGAGGUCAUAAAUACAUCACUUUGGCAAAAGCAUCGAAAGUUUACAUGAAAAUUUUGACAGACAAUUUGGAACGAACGAAGCCUCUAACCGAAUAUGCGUUACAUUCAAAGCUAAAAAUAAACGAAACAUCGAAAAAAAUCAACCAAAAGUGCAUCGAGGUCCGCAGUGAAGUUGAGCAAUUUUUAUCGGAAUAUUUCCAAGCACUUGAGGUUCAUAAAAAAACGUUACUUAACCAAAUCUCGAAAGCACGCGAGAAUAAAAUGGAAAUGAUUCUUGCACGACAAGCAGAUCUCGAUAGACGAUGCUUGGAAGCCAACACGGCGAUAAAUUUUGCUGAAGAACUCCUCGCCAGCGGAAAUGAAAUCGAGAAACUCACAUUUGUUGGGAUCUUGAAUCGGCGUCUUGAAUACUGUCAAAAGUCAGAAUCUACGGGCGAAUUCAAAAUUAAUGAUUCUCUUCAAUUUUUGCCCGAAGUUAAAGCUCCCUCGAAUAAAGCUCAAAAUAAUAUUCCGCUGUACGGGAUCAUCACGACGCAAACUGCUUCGCCGAAACUUUGUUGUCUGGAAAAAACGGAUGGAUUAUUAAAUUUGCGGAUUCAUAAGAAGGCAGAAUUGAUACUUAUCAGUAAAGAUAAGAACGAUCGACAAAUGUGUCAUGGCGGUUUAACGAUUUUUGUGGAGAUCAAGUACAAGGAUUCUUCUUCGAGGGCGAUUCCGGUCCAAGUGAGCGAUAAAAGGGAUGGCACUUAUAUCAUUUCAUUCAUUCCGGAUGCCGCUGGGAUUCUUAUUUUGACAAUUACGAUCAAUGGGAAGCCCGUUAAGGACUCACCUUACACAUUGCGAUCUCGUGCCAUCAAACAACACACCGGAAUCUACCAUUGUUGCUGUUUCUGUUCAAGCGGCGGGUCAAAACAAGCAACUUGUGCCUGUGCAAGUAAAAUGCCUGGCGGUUACAUGGGUUGCGGGCAUGGGCAUUUAGGGCAUCCAGGUCGAAGACAUUGGAGCUGCUGUUCGAGCGUAUUAGAAAACUCCGAAUGCACAGUUGCUAAUAGUGUAAUUCACCAAAGUACCGAAACAAUUAAUCAGUAACACAUUUUUCACUUUAAUAAAGCAACAGAGAACGAAC